AUGUCUUCUUCAGCAUCGGGCGGUGGUUAUGUCGAUUUGACACAAGUACCUCUUCCACAACUCGCAUCACUUCAAGAGCGUAUCAGCAAAGAAGUUAAUCAAUUAACAGCUUAUUUAUCAACUUUGAGAGCAGCACACAAUAGAUAUAUUUCUAGCAAAUCAUCUUUGGAACAAUUGAAAAAACAAACAGAAACAACCCUUCUUGUACCACUCACGGAACAACUCUAUGUUCCGGGCACUUUGAAAAAUCCAGAUGCUGUUCUUAUUGAUGUUGGUACUGGCUAUUUUAUGAAGAAACCAAUUAGUGCUGCACAAGAAACACUCGAUAGACGAAUUAGGCUUGUUAGGGAGAGCGCUGAAAAAUUAGCCAAGACGAUUCAAGAUCAAAAGGAAACAUUGGAAAGAAUUCAAUAUAUGAUGUCCAUGAAACAACAAGCUGCUUUACAACAUCAGCAACAACAACAAUAA